AUGGAUUUUUAUGACCACAAUAUCCGACCACAUUACGGAAACAAACCCAAGAAGCCGACAAAAAAGUAUGCAACUCUGUAUGAGAUUAAUGACGGCCGUACGCCAAACAACAACACUGCACUCUUUGGCACCAAGAAGAGAAAACAAGAAGUGGUGUUCAUUGGCGAUGCUGAGGAGGAUGGCAAACGCAAGGCCAAAAAAGCAAAGACCUGUGAUGUUAGUUUGGAUGCUGUUAUAAUUGAGCAUCUGGAUGAAACUGAUGAAAUGGAGAGGGACUGUCUCAAGAUGGAUGAUUUCCCAGAUGAUGAUAUCAGUGAUGAGAAACUGUUCCUUGAAUUACUCUCAGACGACGAAUGCAAAAGCGGUAAAGCAGAAAUUGUAUUUGAUAGAACUGAGAACCUAGAUGAAGACAUUAAGGAUAUGUUUGAUGACCUUGGAAUUCCUGUUGAAGAUGUUGUCGGCUCAGAUGAAGAAUUGAAAGCGUCCGUUAUUGAUCUUGUAUCAUCUUCCUCUUUCUCUUCUUCUUCUUCAUCAUCAUUAAUGAAGACCAAAUGCAAGUCCACAUCAGUUUUACAACACAAGUCUGAGCCUACCUCAUCCAAGAUGAGAGCACUAUCCGAUUCUGAUUUUUCGUUGCCUUCGCCUCCUUCGAACUCACCCUUUCCUGCAAGUGAUGGCGCAGUUAUUGAUCUUACGAUUCAAGACAUUCAAAAAUCCGUAUCUGAUACAGUAAUUGAUCUCUGCUCUCCUCCAAUGCCCCAUGAGGCUUCGACAUGA